AUGCUUGCCAGAAGACUCCAGCGCGGGCUUUCUGCCAAGGUCAACCCCUUCCAGAACAUCCGGAAGGAGACAGGCGGACUACACUACUUCCCUCUGCAGGACUACCGCGGCCAAGCGACGAUCGACAAGAUGCCCUUCUCGAUCCGGAUCCUGCUCGAGAACGCUCUCCGGAACUGCGACGAGUUCUCGGUGAAGGCCUCUGACGUUGAGACGAUCUACAAGUGGGAGGAGAACUUCAAGGCCCAGAAAGAAAUCCCCUUCAAACCGGGCCGCGUCAUCCUCCAGGACUUCACGGGCGUGCCUGCCGUGGUCGACCUGGCCGCCAUGCGGGACGCCAUUGUCCGGCUGGGCGGCAAGGCGGACAAGAUCAACCCCCUGUGCCCGGUCGACCUGGUGAUCGACCAUUCCGUCCAGGUCGAUGUAUCCAGGAAAAAAGGCGCCUACCUCUAGAAUGAGGCCAUCGAGUUCAAGCGCAACAAGGAGCGCUUUGAGUUCCUGAAGUGGGGCUCCACUGCCUUCCAGAACUUCAAGAUCGUGCCGCCCGGCUCAGGUAUUGUGCACCAGGUCAACCUUGAGUAUCUGGCUCAGGUGGCCCUCAAGACCAAUGACGGCGUGGUGUUCCCGGACUCGCUCGUCGGGACCGACUCCCACACCACAAUGAUCAACGGCCUGGGGGUCAUGGGCUGGGGCGUGGGCGGGAUCGAAGCAGAGGCGGUCAUGCUGGGCCAGCCGAUCAGCAUGGUGCUCCCUGAGGUGAUCGGCUUCAAGCUGACCGGGAAACUGCCCGACACAGUCACCUCAACUGACCUUGUGCUGACCAUCGUCGAGACCCUCCGCAAGAAGAAAGUGGUCGGCAAGUUCGUCGAGUUUUACGGAGACGGGGUGGACAACCUCACCCUCGCAGACCGUGCCACCAUCGCCAACAUGGCACCCGAGUACGGCGCCACCAUGGGUUUCUUCCCGAUCGACAACGUCACAUUAAAGUACCUCGAGGAAACCAAGCGCCCGAAAGAGAUCAUCGACCGUGUCAAGGUCCUCGAGAAGAUCGGGCUGUUCCGCAAGGGCAACGAGAAGCUGGUCUUCACUGAUGGCGUGGAGUUGGACCUCGGCAAGGUGGUGCCCUCGCUGUCGGGGCCAAAACGGCCUCAUGACCGGGUGCCGCUUGACUCCAUGAAGAAGGACUUCACGGACUGCCUAACCAACGAGCUGGGCUUCAAAGGGUUCGGGCUGUCGAAGGAGACGGUCUCCAGCACCCUGAACACGACCUACGAGGGCAAAGAGUACAAGCUGAGCAACGGUUUCGUAGCGAUCGCCGCCAUCACUUCCUGCACGAACACCUCGAACCCCGACGUGAUGAUGGCCGCAGGGAUGUUGGCCAAGAAGGCUAUCGAGAAGGGGCUGUCGAUCGCCCCUUAUAUCAAGACCAGUCUCUCGCCCGGGUCGGGGGUGGUCACCAAGUACCUUGAGGAGAGCGGGCUGGACAAGCACUUGGACGCGAUCGGGUUCACUACUGCCGGAUACGGCUGCAUGACCUGCAUUGGCAACUCUGGUGAGUUGCCGGACGAGAUUGGCGAGCCCCUUAAGAAGAGCGAUAUUGUGGCGGCUGCCGUGCUGUCGGGCAAUCGCAACUUUGAGGCCCGGAUUCAUCCCAACAUCAAGGCCAACUACCUGGCCUCGCCUCCCCUCGUGGUGGCCUAUGCCCUGGCUGGCCGGGUCGACAUCGACUUCGAGAAGGAGCCAAUCGGCAAGGACAAGGACGGCAAGAACGUCUUCCUCAAGGACAUCUGGCCUUCCCGCUCCGAGGUUCGCGAGGUCCUCGCGAAAGCCCUCAAGCCUGAGAUGUUCGAGCAGUUCUACUCGAAGGUCACUGAGGGCUCCAAGCACUGGCAGACCCUGCAGGUCACCAAGUCAACCCACUACCAGUGGUCAGACCAGUCCACUUACAUCCACAAGCCACCCUUCUUCGAGACCACCGAGGCCACCCCGCAGCCGCUUUCCACGAUCUCCAAGGCGCGAGUGCUGGCCCUUUUUGGUGACUCGAUCACGACUGACCACAUCUCGCCUGCCGGCAAUAUAGCCAAGACCUCGCCGGCCGCAAAGUUCCUUGAGUCGAAGGGCGUCAAGUCAAUCGACUUCAACACCUAUGGUGCGCGACGAGGCAAUGAUGAGGUGAUGGCCCGUGGCACCUUCGCCAACACCCGGAUCAUCAACAAGCUGCACGACAAGGUGGGCCCGAUGACCACCUACUGGCCGUCCAAAGAGACCAUGUUCAUCUCGGAGGCGGCCUUCAAGUACAAGGAGGCCAAAAUCCCUGCGAUCGUGAUCGCGGGGCAGGAGUACGGCUCGGGCUCGUCCCGGGACUGGGCGGCGAAGGGGCCCAUGCUGCUGGGCGUGCGGGCGGUCAUUGCCCAGAGCUUCGAGAGGAUCCACCGCAGUAACCUGGCCGGCAUGGGCAUCCUGCCACUCGAGUUCAAACCCGGCCAAAGCGCGGACAGCCUGGGCCUCAAGGGCGAUGAGUAGUACACCAUCAACCUCGCGAGCAUCGCAGUCCACAAGGACAUCGAGGUCAAGACCGCCUGCGGAAAGACCUUCACCACGAAGUGCCGGCUGGACACCGAGCCCGAAAUUGAGUAUUUCAAGCACGGUGGCAUCCUGCAGUACGUCCUCCGCAAGCUGGCCCAGCAGAAAUGA